GAUGGAUUUUAUUUUUAUUUUAUAGCUUUUUAUUCUUUACCUAAACUAAUUAAUAUAAGCUAACUAAAGUGCUUAUACAUAAGUGCGUGAUCUCCGCCCGUUGAAAUACAGGCAUCUGUAAUUCUGUUUAAAUGUACAUUCUACUUUAAAAGGCACAAUAGAAGUUAUCCAACGAGAGUGUAAUGUUACAUUCAAUGUCCCCCAGAUGAAAUCAAGAAACAUUGUCUCAUCAUGACCUCCACUGCAAGACUGAUUACUAAUAAAACAAUGCGGUCAUAUUCAUAAAAGACUAAAGCCCAGUAGCGAAAUUUAUAAAAUGGCAGAAUAUGUAUGCGAUUACUGCACGCGCACAUUCACAAGGAAGUACAACCUCGAAACGCAUAUAGAGAACUGCCACGUCAACUCAACUUGCUACUGUGAGAUCUGUGACACGAGGUUUGGGAGCCCGGCCGGUCUUCAGCUCCACCUCAGCAGAGGUCACAACCGGUUCAUGCAGCCCUACCCCGAGUGUGACAUCUGCGGACGAAUCUUCACUAGAAAACAAAAUGUUGUCUCGCACAUGGUCACCGUUCAUCUCCAAGGCGUCGGGCCUCAGAUACAGUGUCCAACAUGCGCUAAAACUUUUACAACAGAGAGAAACUUGAAAAGACAUAUCAACCAACUACAUAACCCCGAUGUGCAAUACCCGACCUGCGAUUAUUGCAAAAGAUCCUUCAAAGGCAAACACUCUCUCUUAGCUCACAUACAGGCGAAUCACAAUGUACUAAAAGGAAUCAUCAAAUGUCACCUGUGCGAAAAAGUUUACACUAAUAACAGGAAUCUAAAGCGACAUAUAGAGAUGUAUCAUGGAGAAAAAGGUGAAUUCAGAUGCACACUGUGCCCUAAAGUGUAUACAUCAAAUCAAAGUUUACGUAGACACGCCAGGACUAGGCAUAACACGGACCAGGAAUAUAAAAUAGACUUCAAUAUGGAACAAGACACCACAGAUUAUUAUAACUACGAUUUUAAAGUACAGCUUCAAGAAUUUAAUUGUGAAUAUUGCGAACAGUUCUUCGGUGACGAAGCUACUUUACGACAGCAUGUGAAAUCCGAUCAUACGUUUAAGAUGUUCUAUGAAUACUGCAGAAAUUCCUUGCUGAAACAAAUGGGGCAGACUGAGAAAGAAAGUUUGUAUAACUGCGAGAAUUGCAAUAGCGUAUUUAACUCUGUCUACGAACUGAAGGACCACAUGAGAACCAGUCAUGAUAGAGAAUAUUCACUAUCAACAUGUAAUGUUUGCUUCUCAAAGUUCUACAGCAAAGAAACCAUGUUUGAACACAAAAGGUUUGCCUGCCGCCGCCUGGUGUGAACCACUGCAACUAUUGCGACAAAUUAUUUACAGAUAUCUCAAGUCUAGAGUUUCAUAUCAGGAUUUUUCAUCCACAAGCCCAAAUAGCUGACAAUGAUGUGUCCUCAACCAACCCUGAAGAAUCUGAAGCUGGUUUUAAAUGUCCUCACUGCGAUAGAAUGUACUACAGUGACCGCUCUUUAAAGCACCACAUGAAACUAAAACAUACUACUGAUGAAGCCGUUGGUUGUGGACUAUGUGGAAAAAUCUGUAGCAACAAGUAUUAUCUCGCUUCACACAUUAAAAUUGUGCACAACAACGACUCCUGGUCUAAAUGUGACUAUUGUGAGAAACAGUUUAAAUCUAAAAGGAAUAUCCGUCGUCAUAUAGAAUAUACACACUUGGGCAUGCAGCGCUACAAAUGCAUCGAAUGUGAAACACUUUUUAAAGAGAAACGGAGUCUCAGAAAACAUGUACGGACCAAGCAUCCUAACUCAACAGUGUUCCCUCAGUGUCAUAUCUGUUACAAGCGCUUUGAAUCAGCAAAAUCCUGUAAGAUUCACCUAAAGUUACUCCAUUCUUUCAACAUGAAUACAUAUCCGUGUGAUCUCUGCUCUGUCUCCUUCAGUUCAAACGAAGCGUUGUCAAUCCAUCUCCAAACAAAGCACUUAGCUAAAGACCAGAUCUUCAAAUGCGAGCCAUGUAACAUAGUCUUCACCGGACAGGACAAAUUUGAACAACACAACGAAAUAUUCCACGUCACACCGACCGUAACACAAAAACUUUCACCCUGCUGUGUAUUAUGUAUGAAAGAUUUCAGCACACGGAAAACUUUGAAGCGGCAUAUCAAGAAAUUCCAUAACGAUUUCGACGCUGAAGAACUAGCGACUUACGGAUCUAAGAAACGCAUGUUUAAUAUAGAAUGCGAGGAAUGUAUACAGAAUUUUAACAACGAUUAUUACUUAGAUAUAUACCAGAAAUUGAGACAUUUGAGAGACUCGAUAAUUUUCAAAUGUGAGACCUGCACUUCUUCUUAUAACUGUUUGGAGUAUUCGGUACAGAGACAUAGGUUGAGUAAUAUGGAAGGAUGUAAGAGUAAGAUGAUUUUGAGUGAGUUAUGUACUGCGGAGAUGAGCGAUGAAUCCAGCUGGGUGGAGUCCGCUGAAGCGGAGAGCACUACGGGGGAUAUAACUGUGAAGGAAGAGCCGAUAGAUAUAGAGGAGAAUAUUGUGAAGACUGAACCUAUGUCACCGUGAAUAUAAAAGGUGCCUUUCCAUGUAACUUAGCCGUUGAAGGGUACACAUGGGUACAAAACCAGGUGCUCUAUGACACCAUUGCACCAGUCUGUCGACAGAACCGCUACCCUUCAACGGCCAAGUCACACAACAUUGACUAUAAUAAUAAAGAAAUAGCUGUAAGGAACCUUAGACUUGUCACGAAUUUGUCUAGAUUUCAUAACUUUUUAGAGAUAAACAUGCAGCUCCAUCGAGACUGGGCUAGUUUUUUACAGAAUGUUUUAGGUGGGAUACCUGUAAUUUACAGUUGGAUUGUCUGCAUGUAUUGACCCUAACACUAAACAUGGAACAAGUAAUAUUGUCUGUAUCUCAAAACCUAUUUAAAGCAAUAAUUAGUAUUAUAUAAAUUAAGUUAAAAUCUAUUUAAUUUUAAGAUCAACAUAUUUUUAUUUACAUUUUAUAUUUUUAAAAUCAUAUUAUUCACAAUUGUAUUUUACUAUAAAGAGAAAAGUUAAGGAUAAAGCCUUGUAAGUCUUGUAACAAUUUGUAAUAUCACAAAUCAGAUUACAGAGUCAAUCCGAUUACUUAAGUGAAAUUAUACAGGAAUAAGUUAGGAAAGAGUUGUAAGUCUAUACAUCAGUAAACCUGCCUGUGUGGUGACGGGAAUUUCACCACCCCUUUUCUUCCCGUGGGUGUCGUAGAAGGCGACUAUGGGAUAUGGGUUAAAUUGUGGCGUAGGCGAGAGGCUGGCAACCUGU